GGAAGGUAUUUGUUUGGUAAUUGGCCGUUGUGAAAUGCAGGAAUCACUCUCUAUCAGUCGGUGUUGUAAGCGCGGGGUUGGGUUGCAUGCAACAAGUCCACAAAGAUUGUGGUGGUAUAAUCAGGCAGUGCAGCAGCAGCAGCCAUGCAAGGAGGAUCGUCGGGCAUCGGAUAUGGUCUGAAAUACCAGGCUAGAUGUAUAUCGGAUGUUAAAGCUGACACAGAUCAUACUAGCUUCAUCACCGGCACUCUCAGUCUCAAAGAAGAAAAUGAGGUGCAUUUGAUUCGGCUCUCUUCGGAUGGAACCGAACUCGUAUGCGAGGGUUUGUUUUCCCACCCCAACGAGAUCUGGGACCUUGCUUCCUGUCCAUUCGACCAGCGCAUCUUCUCUACUGUUUAUUCUACAGGUGAGUCAUAUGGAGCAGCAAUAUGGCAGAUCCCCGAGUUAUAUGGUGAACUGAAUUCCCCUCAGUUGGAAAGAAUUACCUCCCUUGACUCACAAGUUGGCAAGAUUAAAUGCAUUCUUUGGUGGCCAUCUGGAAGACAUGAUAAGCUGAUCAGCAUUGAUGAAGAAAAUCUGUCCUUGUGGAGCUUAGAUUUAUCCAGAAAAGCUGCCCAGGUACAAUCACAGGAGUCUGCUGGCGUCAUGCACUACUUAUCUGGUGGUGCAUGGGAUCCUCAUGAUAUGAAUGCUGUUGCAGCAACUUGUGAAUCAUCCAUCCAAUUUUGGGAUUUGCGGACAAUGAAGAAGACAAAUUCAGUUGAGCAUGCUCAUGUCCGCAAUGUUGAUUAUAACCCGAAGAAGAAACACGUGCUUAUUACUGCAGAAGAUGAAUCUGGGAUACGCAUAUGGGAUCUUAGGAAGCCAAAGGUCCCUAUCCAGGAGCUUCCUGGACACACACACUGGACGUGGGCUGUCAGGUAUAACCCUGAGUAUGAUGGGCUGAUUUUGAGUUCCGGUACAGACUCAACUGUCAACCUGUGGUUGGCUUCGCCAUCUAGCAAUGAUGGCUCAAUAUCUGAAAGCCUGGUUGAUUCACCAACUAGGCGGAUUGACCCAUUGCUGAACUCUUACAGCGACUAUGAAGAUAGUAUUUAUGGCCUAGCUUGGAGCUCUCGCGAGCCUUGGAUCUUUGCAUCAUUAUCCUAUGAUGGGAGGGUAGUUGUAGAAUCAGUGAAACCAUUUCUCUCGAGGAAAUAAGGUUUGGCACACUGGUCGAUUGCUAUGAUGGGUCUACUUGGGUGCGUGAUUCUAGAUAUCCUUGUUUGCCUCUUGUCUCGUCUCUGGUAGAUAAAUCACUCAAGGAGACCACGAAAACUCUUCUGAAUGAUCAGAUUCUAGUUCUAGAUUUUUUGAGUGUACCAUAUACUCCCUGAUUACAUGCCUCACAUGACAACAAUAUAUGUUAUUCCGAUUCAAACAUCAACAGAAUUUUGGGUCCUGUGAAUACAAAACUGCAAAAGAGGCAGGGCUAAUGUUGUGAGAUGGACUGGCAUUUAUGUGUUAAGAGUAUAAUUCCUCCUUCUUAGACUUGGGUUUUUUUUUAAUUUUAAAGAUUGAUUUCCUUUCUUAAUCGAUUGGGAGAGAAUUAAGAAAAAAGAACCAGUGAUUCAUGUGGUAAAUGUUUACUGAGCCUCUGGCGAAAAUCUUGUUACCUCUCUCCUCCGAUUUUGGAGCUUCUUAAGGUUGACAUUGCUGGCCGGGCUAAGCCAAGAAGAUCAUAUACUUCAAUUAUCUUUUUCUUUGCAGAGGCUAAGGCCUCCAAUCUUACCCCAAAAAGGGAAAACUUGUAACGUCAAACUCGGAGGAGACUGUUGAAGUUGGAUUUUUUGUUUGGUUUAUAAGUUGGUGUUCAAAUUUCAAAGGCUUGUAGCAUGCCAAGACAAAAAUAGAUUUGUUGGCGCCUAAAUAUUCUUCACGAAGUGACACCGAGCUUAUCCAAACACGUGCCCUUUUGCUGCUUUGUAUCGUGAUCACAAAAAUGUGUUUGGUUUCCUCGUCCGACAGCACCAGCAGAGAUCCAAGUUUUCGCACAUGUUGUAUCAGCCAGACACGUGGCACUCACUUCACCACGGCUCACCUGACACGUUCUGCUUUACACGUGCCCUCGCCAUGUCAUCAUGGUGCAAAUUGCUGACGCGUGGCCCGGCAAACAAGUGCCCACUAACUACUAACUACUCUGCCUAGUGGCUAAGGGGCUAGUAGAGUAGAGAGGGACUCGGAGUGACUAGUACUGCUAGGGUUGGAUUGGAUAAUUGAAGCGGAUCCCUCCCUUCCGUCCUGCUUGGAAAUUGGAAUUGGAUAAAGUUUUGCUCGUUUUUGAAUUCUCAUCCCUAUUCAUUCAGUAUUCCUGGAGUUUAGAAAAUCUACUUGCAGACAAGUUUCUCUUCCAACAUGGAUUUUCAUUUCCAUUUCCUAGGCUAAAUCCGCUGUUUGGGAAUUGGAAUUAGCAAGUUCCCCUUAUAUUUUUAGCCACUUUGCAACUUUAUUACAAGCCUCUUCAACCAUGUAUAUUUUAUUUGUUUGAGUUUAUAACAAACCAAACUUCAAAUUGAA